AAAAAUGUAGUAUAUAUGUUUUGAGUUAUGUGAAAUACACUUCGGGGAAUAAUAAUGUUGGUAAAAAAAAUUCUUAUACACAUUUGAAACUGGUGUGUUAAUAAUUAAACAACCUAAAUAGAGUCCCGCACCUUCAUAAGUAUUUUGGCCCUCCGUGCUUUCACUACAAUGUCAAAACAAGGAAGGAAAAAGGAGAUUGGCAUUCACUAUGGGAAAAAAGGAGCCAAAGAAAAACACAAAACAAAUUCUUCAGUUGUAGGGGAGAAGCUAACGAAGAGAAGGGACAUGACACAACCAGAGAAUAAUAACAUAUAUAGCAUUGCUAUGAUAGCUUUACUUGUAGCUGUUUUUGUUGCACCACUUACGGCAGAGUCGAAAUUUGCUGCUCAUCAUCGGAAGAACUUCGCUUUGAAGAUGGACCAGGCGCUGCUGACAGUCAGCAACGAGCUGAACUCCAGUGUAUUGGUUUCAUGGAAGUCGGAGCGCUGCUACCAGUGUUUGUAUCAGCAACUCGGAGCGGUGGAUGGAGCGUCCAGCCCUGGCCAGCCGAGUUCUGCCAACUUCACUGUGAGCACGCAGCAUGAAGUGACGCUACAGAUCAACAAUACCAGCAACAACAAUGAGCUUUGCAAUGUCCAGUUCCACUUUGGUGAACAUGGGAACUACACUCUAUGGAUGAAAAAUCUGAACGGCUCAGAUCAGGUCAAUUGCUCCAUUGUGACAGACGCCGUCCCGGUAAACAACUACAUACCGAUUUUGGUGGCUUUUUUUGUUUUUGUCGGACUGGCCUUGAUGUUUGCUGUUGGAAAAAGAAUAAUGAGGUUUGACGCAGUAAAGCGUUUCGCCAUCCGAAUCGGUGGAUCCAUGGAGACUGAGAGACUCAUCAACUCGGAACUCGGCUCUCCUCGGACUGACGCCCCGAUUACUGACAACAUCCUUCCUCCUCCUCAGAGUCCCAGCAAACGGCUUCGAUCUCUGGAUACUUUCAGAGGCAUUUCUUUAGUGAUUAUGGUGUUUGUAAACUAUGGAGGAGGACGAUACUGGUUCUUCAGACACGAAAGCUGGAAUGGUCUUACAGUGGCUGAUCUCGUGUUUCCAUGGUUUGUGUUCAUCAUGGGCACGUCCAUCGCUCUGUCUGUCAACUCCCUGUUGCGCGCCGGCUUGACCCGAGGCUCUCUGCUCAGGAAGAUAGUAUGGAGGAGCAUCCAGCUCUUCCUCAUCGGCGUCUUCAUCAUCAACCCAAACUACUGCCAGGGUGCACUGUCUUGGGAUAACUUGAGGAUACCUGGCGUGCUGCAGCGACUUGCCUUCUCAUACCUGGUCGUUGCCAGUUUGGACUUAAUGGUGGCGAGAGGUCAUCUGGACAUCCUCCAAACAGAUGCGUGGUGGUCUCCUUUCCUGGACGUUCUGCUGUACUGGCCAGCCUGGGUGGUCGUGCUUCUUCUGGAAGUUCUCUGGUUGUCCAUGACUUUCCUUCUUCCUGUACCCGACUGCCCAACAGGAUAUCUCGGGCCAGGCGGGAUUGGAGAUAUGGGCCUGUACACCAACUGUACCGGCGGAGCUGCUGGUUUUAUCGACCGCUGGCUGCUGGGAGAAAAACACAUCUACCAGACUCCCUCAUCACGGGUCAUUUAUUUCACUCAAAUGCCGUAUGACCCGGAGGGGGUUCUCGGGAGCAUCAACUCUGUCCUCAUGGCUUUUCUUGGAUUACAGGCUGGAAAAAUUAUCUUGCACUACCGGGAUCUCCCUACAAGCAUCAUGUCAAGGUUCCUCAUAUGGGGUCUCUUCAUGGGAGUCAUUUCAGCCAUUCUGACCACGUGUUCCACAGAUCGGGGUUUCAUCCCUGUCAACAAGAACCUUUGGUCACUCUCUUAUGUGACAACAUUGGCUUGCUUUGCUUUUGUGCUGCUCGUCCUGGUCUACUACACAGUGGAUGUAAAGAAAUGGUGUAUGAACUCCAUCCUUGUGUACGUCGGUCACGAAGUGUUUGAGGACUACUUCCCCUUCCGCUGGCGCAUGAUUAACAGCCAAUCCCACACCGAACACCUCAUCCAGAACCUUUUUGCAACCUGCUGUUGGAUUUUUAUCUCCUACAUUCUCUACAGAAAGAAGAUUUUCUGGAAAAUUUAAUGAAGGACCACAUAGAUCAACAGCGCACAAAGAAAGCAGGGGACAUUGUUUACGUCAAAACAGCUUGAUAUUAACUGAGAAAAUUCAAAAAUUGUGGCAAAAGUAGUGACACACCAGUUCAGCUCUUUUAUUUGUAGUUAGUUUAUGAAUAUCUUUCCCUUUCUUGUACAAUUUGUUUUUGUCUUUUAAACACUGCAUAAUCAUGAAUGUCUUACUCUAAAUACCAAUCUCCUCUUGAAAAAAUAGGUCACUUUUAAAGCAUUAUGGAAAGCCCUGCCAAAAACUGAUUCAGGAAAAAACCAUUUUGUUCAUUUGUUUUCUAACUUCACGCUAUAAAUGAAGUCAAAAGAUUACUACAGGAGUUCUAUAACACUAUUUAUUCUUAUAAAAGCAACAUACAUUAUCCUGGGUUGUAGGGAAAGUAUAGAAUGUCAGAUAAAGAUUUAAACUUGUUUUGGAGUUUGUUUCACAUCAUGAAAAAUGCUGAGGCAGUUUUUUUUUUUUCUGUUGAAAUAGGUGAAAAAUAAUACACUGAACUACCUUUUCUUCCAGAAAAUUAAUAGCUAAAGAGCUAUAAGGUUUUAUAUCCUGAAUUUAAAGAACUCUUGUUUUUUUAUCCACACUCAAUGUGUAUAUUUGAGACAAGAACUUUUUUUAAACAAACCUUAAAAACAUGAUGAUAAAUGUGUAUUUUAUCCAAAUGCUGUCUAAGAUUUGUCUAGUACUGUUCAAGUUGAUUCCAACAUUUUUUAAAACUUUUAGAAAUGUAAUUUUUACAUAUUCUGACUUUGAAAAUAAUAUUUAAUAAAGGUUAAUAAAUCAAUUCAUCGAGUUA